CAGUUUUCCCGCAAAAUUUUGUAAACAAAAAUAAGUGGCAAUAAUUUUUUGAACAAAAACAGACAGUCACGAAGUUUUAUUCUAGCUAUGCAUUCAUACUUAUAUUUCUGAAAAUUCUACUUAACAUGGACCCAGCCGAGGUUGAGUUCUUGGCUGAAAAAGAGUUGAUAACAAUCGUGCCAAAUUUUACGUUGGACAAAAUAUUUUUGAUUGGGGGAGAUAUUGGUCCGUUUACUGCUGGUUUACCAAUAGAAGUUCCAUUAUGGAUGGCAGUAAAUCUGAAACAGAGACAGAAGGCAAGAAUACGUCCUCCAGAAUGGAUGGAUGUUGAAAAAUUGCAGGAAAAGAAACAGGAAGAGACAGAUUCGAAGUUCUUCACAGCAAUGCCGUGUAGACAUUAUAUGGAGCUGACACAGCUGUUACUGAAAUAUGCAAUGGAUGAUAUACCUCAUGCAGAUGAGACGCGGACACUCAUCAAAGAUAUCUGGGAUCUUAGAAUAGCAAAACUUAGAAGCAGUAUUGAUACUUUUGUAAAGAGUGAUGCCACACAUGCUAAGUUAAAUCAUCUAACACUUAUGGAGCUGAACACUGUUCGACCAUUCCUUACGAAAUCUCUCGAUCAUCUUCAUAUGUUACGGACUAACAUUACUGGAGGGGUACAACUCACACAAGACUGAGAAACAUGAAAGUUUCUGAAUUUUACUGGUUUACCUCAAUUUUUGGACUAUUUCCUUUACUUUCUUUUUUUGUGAAGUAUUGAUUUUAUGAGGGUUGUUUUUGAGAUAACCAGAGUCAGUAGUACGACAGUUGAUCCCAGUUUUGAGAAAAUUAAUCAGAUUAGAACAUCCAAUUUUUCAAAUUUACUAAAACCUCAGAAGAAACAAACAGGAGCAUGAGUGGAUAUUGGUAUUGAUAGAAACGGGGAAAAAAAUAGUGUUUUGAAGGAACUGAAUGAAAAAACUUGUUGAAUUUCUUUCAGAUAUCAUAAAGUGCUUGAUAUAUUUAUCAUCAAAGUAUAAGAUAUAUGUUUUUGUCUUCUUGUGUACAUGCAUGGAAUGAAAUAAUUGUACAUACAAGAUAAUUUUAUUUUGUUAUUAAUUUUAGGAUACAGUACAUUUCUUUUC